AUGGGCCAGCAACCCUCCACACCUAAAGAAGGUGCUCAGUUCCGGGUUAUUGGUGCUGGAAUGUGCCGGACCGGCACAAAGACACUGAAUGAGGCCCUGAAGAUCCUUCUCGAUGGACCCUGUCAUGAUUCUGGCAUUCAGUCUCUUGGUGGAAGCCCCAAGGAGGUUAAGGGGUGGCUUGAGAUCAUGGAUCUUGCGCCAAAGGCAAGAACGACGGAGGAGAAGCAAAGGCUGACCGAAUCAAUACGGUCAAUUUUUACUGGAUACGUUGCGACUAUGGAUUGUCCAGCUGCGAGCCUCGUCCCCGAAAUCAUGGAGGCGUUUCCGGAUGCGAUCGUACUCGUAACAACCCGUGAUCAGACGUCGUGGUGGAAGAGCAUGCAGCAUAUGAAUGGCCUAAUGUCAAACUGGUAUAUGCCCAUUUGUCUCAUGUGGCUGCAAAAGUCUAAGGGCUACGGUGAAUGGGGGAACAAAUUCCAGUCCCUCAGCAGAUGGAGAUAUGGCUCGCCCGGCAUCAGGGAGCAUACGAAGGGCAUUCAUGAGGAGCAGCUACGGAAGAUGGUGCCUCCAGAAAAGCUGUUCUGGUACGAUGUCAAAGAAGGGUGGGAGCCCCUUUGCAGGAUACUUAACCUGCCCGUACCUGACCGGCCAUUUCCCCAUAACAAUAGCAAACUGGAGGCGGAAAAAUCAUGGUGGAGACAUGUUCUCUCCGGCUUCUCAUCGUGGAUAUUUGUGGUAGGCAUUAUGAUGUGGCUUUUGUACUACACAACGUUACUCCUAGACGGAGAUUGGUAA